AUGGUUUACAACGAGAAUCCUCUCUCCUACUUAGUCUCCAUCGAUGGCUUCAACUUCCUCCUCGACUGUGGUUGGAACGACCUCUUUGACCCUGCUCUCCUCGAGCCUCUCUCCAGGGUUGCUUCUACCAUAGAUGCAGUUUUGCUUUCUCAUUCGGAUACGCUUCACCUUGGUGCUCUUCCUUAUGCCAUGAAGCAGCUUGGACUCUCUGCUCCUGUUUACGCCACCGAGCCUGUUCACAGAUUAGGUCUCCUCACAAUGUAUGAUCAGUAUCUAUCGAGGAAGCAAGUCUCCGACUUUGAUCUGUUUACGCUGGAUGACAUUGAUUCUGCCUUCCAGAAUGUGAUCAGACUGACUUACUCACAAAAUUUCCAUCUCCCUGGAAAGGGAGAGGGUAUUGUAAUUGCUCCUCACGCUGCUGGACAUAUGCUUGGAGGUAGUAUUUGGAAGAUAACAAAGGAUGGGGAGGAGGUUAUUUAUGCUGUUGACUACAAUCAUCGGAAAGAAAGGCAUUUGAAUGGAACUGUUUUACAAUCUAUUGUUCGACCUGCUGUUCUGAUAACCGAUGCACACCAUGCUCUUUACACCAAUCAAACCGCAAGUCAGCAAAGGGACAAAGAAUUUCUAGAUACCAUUUCAAAACAUCUGGAAGUUGGGGGCAAUGUUUUAUUGCCAGUAGACACUGCGGGUCGAGUCCUGGAACUUCUGUUGAUACUUGAACAGCAUUGGUCUCAGAGAGCUUUGAGCUUUCCCAUAUACUUUCUCACAUAUGUGUCAUCUAGCACAAUUGACUAUGUUAAGAGUUUCCUCGAGUGGAUGAGUGACGCCAUUUCAAAGUCCUUUGAGACUUCACGUGAUAAUGCCUUUCUAUUGAGGCAUGUCACUCUCUUGAUAAACAAGACAGAUCUGGAUAAUGCUCCAGCUGGUCCAAAGGUUGUUCUUGCGUCCAUGGCUAGUCUCGAAGCCGGUUUUGCUCGGGAGAUAUUCGUGGAGUGGGCCAAUGAUCCCAGAAAUUUAGUCCUCUUUACUGAGACAGGCCAGUUUGGCACUUUGGCUCGCAUGCUUCAGUCAUCCCCACCUCCCAAAUUUGUUAAAGUCACCAUGUCUAAGAGGGUUCCUUUGGCUGGGGAAGAGUUGAUUGCAUAUGAAGAGGAGCAAAACAGACUGAAAAGGGAAGAAGCUUUGCGAGCUAGCCUCGUUAAAGAGGAGGAAACAAAAGCUUCCCACGGACCUGAUGAUGAUUCAAGUGAACUUAUGGUCAUAGAUACCAAGACUACUCACGAUGUUGUUGGUUCUUACGGGCCUGCAUAUAAAGAUAUAUUGAUAGAUGGAUUUGUUCCCCCAUCCAGCAGCCUUGCUCCAAUGUUCCCAUUCUAUGAUAACACAUCUGAAUGGGAUGAAUUUGGGGAAGUCAUCAAUCCAGAUGACUACGUGAUCAAGGAUGAAAACAUGAAUCGAGGAGCAAUGCAUGCAGGAGGUGAUGUGGAUGGAAGGCUUGAUGAGGCAACUGCUAGUCUCAUGCUGGAUACAAGACCUUCGAAAGUCAUAUCCAAUGAGCUCAUUGUGACGGUUAGUUGUUCACUUGUUAAAAUGGACUAUGAAGGUCGAUCAGAUGGCCGCUCAAUCAAGUCGAUGAUUGCACAUGUUUCUCCUCUUAAACUUGUUUUGGUGCACGGAAUAGCCGAGGCUACAGAGCAUUUGAAGCAACACUGCUUGAACAACAUCUGUCCACACGUGUACGCUCCUCAAAUAGGAGAAAGCGUGGACGUGACUUCUGAUCUAUGUGCUUAUAAGGUCCAACUUUCUGAAAAGCUGAUGAGCAAUGUGAUCUUCAAGAAGCUGGGAGAUUCAGAAGUAGCGUGGGUGGAUUCAGAAGUAGGGAAGACAGAGAGCGAGAUGCGGUCGCUACUACCAAUGGCAGGUGCUGCUGCUCCUCACAAACCUGUUCUAGUGGGUGACCUGAAGAUUGCAGACUUCAGGCAGUUUCUGUCGAGCAAAGGUGUUCAGGUUGAAUUUGCAGGUGGGGGUGCUUUGCGUUGUGGUGAAUAUGUCACUCUACGCAAGGUCGGUCCUACUGGUCAGAAGGGCGGAGCAUCGGGUCCACAACAAAUUCUGAUAGAAGGACCCUUGUGUGAAGACUAUUAUAAAAUCAGGGAUUAUCUCUAUUCUCAAUCUUUCUUAUCCUCUCUUCCCAACAACCAUAUGGCUUCUGCGACCGCCACGUGGACACCUACCUCCCUCCAGCUCCGUCUCGCUCUGAGCUCCGGCGUUCGCCGCAAAUCGCACGCCGUUUACUUACGAUCGUCGCGGUUCGGUAGGAAACCGGGUUGUGGGAUUGUAUGCGUUUCCCAGAAGCCGGAAGUCGAGGCGUGGACCGGAUCGGAUUCCUCAAAGCCGCCAGCCGAUGGUUUGGCUGGGUGGGAUGAUUCCGGUAACGACGGAAUGUCUUCCAGAGCUAAGAAGAAGAGUUUGAUUGAAGGUGUAGUCGGGGCUGGAGUUGCUGGACUCAUUUUGGUCGCUGGGCUAAGCUUUGCAGUAGCAUCUUUUAACAAGCGUAACAAUUCCAGACUAAAACAGGAAAUGCAGCCGUUGACUUCUCAGCAGGAAAGCGUGCUUCUAUCGUCUGACGAAACUCCUAGUGAUGAAGUCAAGGUGGCUGAUAGUGACGAAAACAAUCGUAAGGACGAGGAUAAGAGUAUAGCAAACAAUGAUGUAGGCCAGCAAGGUGAUGAAGCGUCUGGUGAAGAUAAAGCUCUUGGUACUGACAGUUCGUCAUUUGAUGAUAUUAUAUCUGAUGUAAUUGAUUCCAGUGAAGAUAUCACUUCACAAACUACUCCUGAAGCUGAUUUGGUGCUCCAUGUGCAAUCUGAUCCUGAGACACCAGAAAGUGAGGAAUUAAUUUCUGAGUCCAAGUCACUGUUAGACUCAUCCUCUGACGCUAUAGAUUCACAAAGUAGUAAUCUUGCUGAAGCAGAGAAUCCAAAUUCUGAAGAUCCUGAUAGCCUUCCAGAGACUGAACCGACCAAUGUGUCUGAUUCAGAAAAUCAAGUCGACAGUCAGAAAGAAGAUUCCAUGUCUUCUUUAUCUGACAGCGAUGCUUAUGCAGCAACCGGGACUGUAGCUGUUGGCGUGUCGGUUGCUUCACAAUUGGAUCCUCACACUGUCCCACUAAAUGAGACGGGGCCAGUAGUCUCCACUCUAACUGAGGAUCUUCCGGAGGUAAACGGAACACCUGAGGAAUUGGCUGCGGGAAGUUUGUCAUCAAUCUCGGACAUAGAGACAGCUAAAGAAAUUGAAUCUUCAGAGACACCUGUGCCAGAAUCAACUUAUUCGUCAGUAAAUGAACUAAACAUGAAUAGUCAAGACGAGCUUGGCGACAACGGGCCUUCUUUGGAAAUACCGAAUUGUGGAAGUUCAUUCUCUUCAGCAGGGAUUCCUGCACCUUCUAUAUCCUUUCAAGUAAAUCCUGGGAAGAUUCUUGUCCCCGCAUCUGCAGAUCAGGUCCAGUCUCAAGCAUUUGCAGCUCUUCAAGUUCUGAAGGUCAUUGAAACUGACACCCAACCUAGUGAUCUGUGUACUCGCAGAGAAUAUGCCAGGUGGCUGGUUUCUGCCAGCAGCGCAUUAUCAAGAAACACGACCUCAAAAGUGUAUCCUGCUAUGUACAUAGAGAAUGUUACUGAGCUUGCUUUCGAUGAUAUUACUCCUGGUGACCCUGAUUUUUCAUCCAUUCAAGGGUUGGCAGAAGCAGGACUUAUCACAAGCAAGCUUUCUAACCAAGAUUUGCUUAACGAUGUUGAAGGCACAUUCUUAUUUUCACCUGAAAGCCUUCUUUCACGCCAGGACCUUAUAAGCUGGAAAAUGGCCUUGGAGAAACGACAGCUUCCGGAAGCUGAUAAAAAGAUGCUGUAUAAACUCUCGGGAUUCAUUGACAUUGAUAAGAUAAACCCCGAUGCAUGGCCUGCCAUUAUCGAAGAUUUAUCUUCUGGGGAACAAGGAAUUGCUGCCCUUGCAUUUGGUUGUACAAGAUUAUUUCAGCCUCAUAAACCCGUCACUAAAGCCCAAGCUGCCAUUGCUCUCUCAAGUGGUGAGGCUUCUGACAUAGUCAGUGAGGAACUGGCACGUAUCGAAGCAGAAUCAGUGGCUGAAAAGGCCGUCUCUGCACAUAACGCCCUCGUUGCAGAGGUUGAAAAGGAUGUCAAUGCCAGCUUCGAGAGAGAGCUUUCCAUAGAACGAGAAAAGAUUGAAGCGGUUGAGAAAAUGGCGGAACUGGCGAAAGUGGAGUUGGAGCAGCUGAAGGAGAAGAGAGAGGAAGAGAAUCUGGCGUUGGCGAAAGAACGAGCUGCGGUUGAGUCAGAAAUGGAGGUGCUCUCAAGGUUAAGACGUGAAGCGGAAAAGAAGCUGGAGGAUUUGAUGAGCAACAAGGCGGAGAUAUCUUUCGAGAAGGAGAGGGUUUCCAAUCUUCGAAGAGACGCUGAAGAAGAGAGCCAGCGGAUUUCAAAGUUGCAGUAUGAACUGGAAGUUGAGCGUAAAGCCCUGUCCAUGGCCAGAUCAUGGGCCGAGGAGGAAGGAAAGAGAGCUAGAGAACAAGCAAGAGGCUUAGAAGAAGCUAGAAAGCGAUGGGAGACAAAAGGACUUACAGUUAUUGUUGAUAAAGACCUUCAAGAGAAGAGCAGUGGAGAGAUUGAACAAAGCGUAGUGCUAAACAGUAACACUGGAGAGCGAUCUUCGGUUGAAGGAACCGAGGAGAGGGCUCAAACGCUAAUGGAUAAGCUGAAGGAUAUGGCGGAAUAUGUGGGAGGAAAAUCCCGUGAAGUGAUCUUCGUUGUGAUGGAGAAAAUACGUUUGUGGAUUAUGGUGUUGAAGGAAUACACACAGAAUUUGGGGAAGCGAGCGGGGGAAGUGAGAGAGGCAGCCAUUGUUAGGGCAAAAGGAGCAGCAGAGGAAGUUGAGAAAGGGGCAGUUCAGGUGAGCGAUAAGGUGAAGAGAAUGGCUGAGGAGUGUAGAGAUGGAGUUGGGAAGAUCUCUCAGAGGUUCAAGACCUAA